AUGUCAAGUUCAAACUCCACAAUCAAAAUACCUAAUGAUGGUCAGGAUAAUAAGGAACUGCUUGAAGAUGCCCCAAUUCCAUCAAACAGAUCAUGGAGAAGGUCAAGUAGCUCUUCAAGCUCACUCACUCCAUCUGGAUCUCCAGUGUUCUAUUCAAACAGCUACUACAACAACUCAAUAGAGUUUCCAAAUGAUAAGAUUUCAUUGCUUGAAUUAUUGGAUCCUUUAUCAACAACUACAAACACGAUACAAAAAAAGUAUAACAAAAAAUACAUUAAGGAAAUCAGAGAUAUUGACCGUCUAAAGAAGAAGCUAUUGGAAAAAGUUGAUGGGUUGGAUAAAAGAUUGGAUAAAGUGUUUUAUGCAUCUGCAACUGAGAAAAUUUUCUAUUCUGUUGCGUUAUAUUCUAUCUUCAUUGCUGGUUUCAUUAUUGGGUGUCGUCCUGAUUUCUUCCAUAUCUAUUACUCUGUGAUCUUUAUGAUCUUGAUGCCAAUAAGAUUUUACUUGUACUUUAAGAAAGGUUAUCAUUAUUUUUUGGCUGAUUUGUGUUAUUAUGUCAAUAUUUUAUUGAUGUUGUUUUUAUGGGUUUUCCCUGGCUCUAAACAUUUAUACACUUCAUGUUUUGCCUUCACUUUUGGUACAUUAUCAUGGGCUGUGAUUACGUGGAGAAAUUCAUUAGUUCUUCAUUCAAUCGAUAAGACAACAAGUUCGUUCAUUCACGUUUCACCGCCAGUUGUGAUGCUUGUUAUUACACAUCAUUUACCUUAUGAGUACAAAUUGCAAAGAUUUCCAGGUGCUGCAGAAUUGACACAUUGGAACUUUAUAUCUGGUAUAUUAUGGACUUCUUUGUAUUAUUUGGUCUGGCAAUCAUUAUAUCAUUAUUUUAUCACUGUUAAAAGAGCCGCAAAGAUUAAAGCAGGUAGAAUCACUUCUUUUGAAUGGUUAAGAAAGUCAUUUGGAAAAAGUUUUUUGGGUAAAUUUGUUAAUUCGUUACCAGACCCUUUCCCAGUCAUUGCAUUCACUUUGAUCCAAUAUGCUUAUCAAUUGUUAACUAUGUCGAUUUGUCCACUUUGGUUUGCCUAUAAAUAUUUAGCCACUGCUUUCAUUACUUUCAUUUUCAUAACUGCAAGUUAUAACGGUGCUACUUAUUAUGUUGAUUACUAUGGGAAAAGACUUGAAAAGGAAGUUGCAAGAUUACAGAAGGAAAUUACUGAAUUACAAGAGAGUGAAAAUGAUACAUUUGAAGAUGCUGAAAACUUGACCACCCCAAGCACUACUGGCUCUUCAUCUCCAGGAACUGCUAAUAUUACACUUGCGGCUGCACCAGAGACAGCAUCAACUUCAGUCUUUAAACAUCCAGCUAUUUUACAACAAAAGAAGCUUUAA